GCAUUUUGCAUGUCUUUCGUCGAAAUACAUGUGCCCCGGAGUGCCGGCCGUGAUGAGCACCUUGCUGGCCAACAUCAAUGCUCACUACGCCCACACCGCGGCCUCCACCCAGGUCUCCGCCUCUGAUCGCUUCUCGGCCUCAAACUUUGGGAAAGAACGAUUUGUGAAACUGCUGGACCAGCUGCACAAUUCCCUCCGGAUUGACCUCUCCAUGUACAGGAACAACUUCCCUGCCAGCAGCCGGGAGCGUCUGCAGGACCUCAAGUCCACCGUGGACCUGCUGACCAGCAUCACCUUUUUCCGAAUGAAGGUCCAGGAGCUGCAGAGCCCCCCACGCGCCAGUCAGGUGGUCAAGGGCUGCGUCAAGGCCUGCCUCAACUCCACCUAUGAGUACAUCUUCAACAACUGCCACGAGUUGUACAGCCAGGAGUAUCAGAUGGACACAAACAAAGCGCAGGAGGUGCCUCCCGAGGAGCAGGGUCCCAGCGUCAAGAACCUGGACUUCUGGCCCAAACUCAUCACCUUGAUCGUCUCCAUCGUGGAGGAGGACAAGAACUCCUACGCCCCCAUCCUCAACCAGUUUCCUCAAGAACUUGCGGUGGGCAAGAUCAGCGCGGAAGUCAUGUGGAAUCUUUUCGCUCAGGAUAUGAAAUACGCCAUGGAAGAGCAUGAGAAGCAGCGGCUGUGCAGGAGCGCCGACUACAUGAAUCUGCACUUCAAGGUGAAGUGGCUUUAUAACGAGUACCUCUGCAGCCUGCCAGCCUUCAUGGGGAUGGUGCCCGAGUACCCAGCGUGGUUCGAGGCCUUCGUGGUGCAGUGGCUGGACGAGAACGAAGAGGUCUCCCUGGAAUUCCUGCACGGAGCUCUGGAGCGGGACAAGAAGGACGGGUUUCAACAAACGUCUGAGCACGCCCUCUUCUCCUGCUCGGUGGUCGAUAUCUUCACCCAGCUGAAUCAGAGUUUUGAGAUCAUCAAGAAGCUGGAAUGCCCUGAUCCAGCCAUUGUCGCUCGCUACAUGCGGCGUUUUGCCAAGACCAUCGGGAAGGUGCUGGUGCAGUAUGCUGAUGUUGUCUCCAAGAUCUUCCAGAGCUUCUGCUCCAAGGAGAAGGUGCCCUGCAUCCUGAUGAACAAUGUCCAGCAGCUGAGGGUGCAACUGGAGAAGAUGUUUGAGGCCAUGGGUGCUAAAGAGCUGGACCCCGAGGCCAGCGAUUCCUUGAAGGAGCUGCAGGUGAAGCUGAACAACGUGCUGGAUGAGCUCAGCACCACCUUCGGAAACAGCCUGACCCUCUUUGCAAACGUCUGCGAGAAGACCGUGCUGAAGCGGCUGCUGAAGGAUCUGUGGCGGGUUGUGAUGGACACCCUGGAGAGGCUGAUUGUGCUGCCUCCCCUCACGGAUCACACUGGGACCCAGCUGAUUUUCAGUGCUGCUAAAGAACUGGGCCAUUUAUCCAAGCUGAAGGAUCACAUGGUCCGGGAGGAAACCCGGAGCCUGACCCCCAGGCAGUGCGACGUGCUGGAACUGGCGCUGGACACGAUUAAACAAUACUUCCAUGCCGGGGGGAACGGGCUGAAGAAGGCCUUCCUGGAGAAGAGCUCGGAGCUGCAGUCGCUGCGCUAUGCCCUCUCCCUCUACACCCAGACCACCGACACCCUCAUCAAGACCUUCGUCCAGACCCAGACAGCACAAGGCUCCGUAGCAGAGGACCCCGUGGGCGAAGUCUCCAUCCAGGUGGACCUCUACACGCACCCAGGCAGUGGGGAGCACAAGGUCACCGUGAAAGUGGUGGCUGCCAACGACUUAAAGUGGCAAACCACCGGCAUGUUUCGCCCCUUCGUGGAGGUCACCAUGAUUGGGCCACACCAAAGUGACAAGAAGCGGAAAUUCACCACCAAGUCCAAGAGCAACAACUGGGCUCCAAAGUACAAUGAGACAUUCCACUUCGUCCUGGGCAAUGAGGACGGGCCGGAUGCCUACGAGCUGCAGGUCUGCCUGAAGGACUACUGCUUUGCCCGCGAGGACCGGGUCCUGGGCAUCGCCGUGCUGCAGCUCCGGGAGGUGGUGGAGAAGGGCAGCUGCGCCUGCGGGUGCCCGCUGGGCCGGAGGAUCCACAUGGACGAGACGGGGAUGACCAUUCUGAGGAUCCUCUCACAAAGGACCAACGAUGAAGUGGCCAAGGAGUUCGUCAAGCUCAAGUCCGAGUCCCGCUCCCUGGAAGAAGGGAGAUGAUCCCGGCCUCCGUCUCGGACUGCUUGGACUAGACACGCGGAGCAGCACCCCUUCCCCCGGGGCACCCCAGGUGGAGCUUGGGGGGGGACUGUGAAAUCUUCCUUCCCAAAGGAGUCUCUGGAAUGGAUCGGACCAGGGGGGGUCAUGACCCCCUCCUGCUUCAGCAGCUGUGCACAAGGAGUGGGGGCAACAUGCGCCCGCCAGAGGGAGGGGCAGGCGACCGAAUCUCAGGCCGGCAGGAAGACCCGGCCCCACAUUCCCUCCACUUGGGCGAGCCACAGGCAGGGAGAGAGGGGGCUCUUGAGCUUUGACCAGGCAGUGACGAGGGUCUCAGAAGGAUGCUUGCCUGGAGAGGCCAGUGGAAGGAGCCCCAGCGGGCCGUUGGCACCUCGUUGGUCGCCAUGGGGCGCAAGGAGGGAGCGUGCCUGACGCAAGCUCUGCUCUCCUCCGGUGCGGGUGAAGAUGAGGAGGGGCUUCCCUUUUUCUCUUGACGUUGUACAGCUUCACGGUCUUUCUCAGAACGCUUCUAGAUGCUGCUUAGCUGUCGUGGGCGGGUGUGAUUCAAAAAUGCUGUCGCCAAUUUUUAACCCCGUUGAAUGUGCCACCGUUGCAGGAAGUGUAGCCUUUAAUAAAGGAACGUUAGCGGCA